CUACAGUCAAGUAGUGUGGUACAUACAUUGGUGGCAGCACGAGGCGGCUCGAGCAGCGUUAAUAAAAAAAGUAAAUUUUAAAUAAAUUUCUAAAUAAACCAAAACCAGACAAUAGACAACAUGACGGAAGCCGAACAGGAGGUGGAGGUGAAUGGCACCGAGGCGGACGAUGAGGCGCAGGACGAGCUGGACCCAAAACAGAAGAAACAAACGCGUCAUGACGGCGGCGCCGCGGAUCUGGAACGUGUUACGGACUAUGCGGAGGAAAAGGAGAUCUCUGCAGCAAAUAUAUCCAGUGCGGUGGCACAGUUUGGCAAUCAGCGCAACAAAGAGAACGAGCUGCGUGUCGCCAAGGAAAAGGAGCUGCAAUUGGUCCAAGUGAAAAAGGAAGACAUCGAACUGAUUAUGAACGAGCUGCUGGUUAGCAAAGCGCAUGCCGAGAAGGUUCUACGGGAGCAGAGCGGUGAUGUUGUGGCCGCCCUGGAGGCCAUCAUCAGCAAUUGACGGUGCUACUGGAGUCCGAACCAUCUGUGUACCAUCUUUUACUUAGCAUAACAUUGCUUUAUUUGUACAUUUAUAAACCUCUUAGUGAAGAAACAAACGUAAACAAAAAUGAUUUAUAA